AUUUUGUUUUAGUCGACGUAACUGAAAGUUGCAAAGUCUUUGGUAGAAUUAACUCUGCUGAGCGAGAAGAUAACCAAUACAUAUCUAAUUGCUACAAUCAAGAUUGUCAACGAUAUUAGACUGAUAUUUUAACAUAUUUAGUUUAAAUUGAAAACAUGGAAGUCCCAUAUAGAUUGGUAUUCAUCAUCUUGGCAAGUUUUUGUCUUCAUUUAACCAAGUCAGCUCCCGUUGAAACUGGUGAAGAGACUUAUCCACACAGUUUUGAUAUCAAUUUAGUGAAACACAUCAAAUCUACCGGCUAUGAAUCAAUGCGACGAGUUGAAUUCACUUUCCUGACAUACUGCAAUCGAUUGGAUAAAGAAGAAAACACGUACAUUUCUUUUUGUACUAACGAAUGGCUGAAUAACAGCAAAGAAAUUUUCUCUGAAUUCGAUUACAUUGCGAAUAAUACUUUUGUAAGUGAAGAAGAUUUUACGAAUUUUCUGAAGAAGUUGGCAUUUACUUUGGACCGAUACAUAAAUCUGUUUGAAAUUCUUCUGGACAUGAUGAAGACAUCUCUCUGUAAACAUAAACCAGCGCAUGACCGUUGUAAAUUAUGUAGCAAGUCUCCUAAUAGAAUUACCACAGACUACUGCACUUUAAGAGCGACAACCCAUAAACUUAAAGACUUGAAAAUUCAACUUAUACUGCUUUCCGAGAAGUAUAUGGAGAAAGACUUACAGAAAUUGCGCCAUUUCGUCCAAGAAGCUACUCUCCAACAGCAUGAAGAUUUUGUCUUGAAAAUGUUAACAAGAACUUCAGCAGAAUUAAACCAAAUUCAGGGGAUUGUUGUGGGUGUUUCAGGCCAGACUGGUUAUUAAAUGUUUUAAUAUUUUAAUCAACUUGAGUUAUGAAUCGAAACUCUCUCUCAUACACAUAUUCUUUCUGCUGGACAGAAUAUUGACUCCAAGGGGGUUCUAAAAAUUUCAGCUUUGACCACUUCUUCUUCCCUCUCCCUUCCCCUCUUUCUCUUUA